AAUUAUUUAUUAUGAAACACUAAUUUCAGUUUUUAUAUAAAUUUAGUGUUUCUAAAAUUGAUUUAAUUAAACUACUUGCUGUACAUAAAAUUUCCUAAACUGCCUGGUCUAACGUGCGCAUGCGUGUCGCUUAUCCGGGAAAUUAUCCGGGCAAUUGCCACACCCGUAUUCGUAGGUCAGUUCUGAGCUUACAUGAAAUGACCAACGACCGGAAAGUACGAAUCCUUGUUGUUGGAGAUGCAAAAACGGGCAAGACAUCGCUCAUUUUGUCUCUUGUGAGUGAAGAAUUCCCGGAUAUAGUUCCCGCCCGCUCCGAGGAGAUCACGAUUCCCGCCGAAGUGACGCCAGAGAAAGUACCGACGUACAUCGUCGAUUAUUCGUCGAGCGAACAGACGCUCGACAACCUGAAGGACGAGAUACGACGUGCUGACGUCAUAUGCAUAGUGUAUGACGUCACAUCCGGGGAAUCUGUGACACGACUUUCAACGCAUUGGCUACCAUUUGUAAAGCAACAGACAGGUGGCACAAAACCGAUCAUCCUGAUCGGCAACAAGGACGACCUCCAACACGCCAGUUCACUAGACCAAGUCAUGCCGAUCAUGGAGCAACACAAGGAGGUCGAGACGUGCAUCGAGUGCUCAGCCAAGCAGCUCAAGAACAUUUCAGAAAUGUUCUACUAUGCACAGAAGGCCGUACUCUACCCCACGUCUCCGCUCUUCUCGCCGACCGACGAAUGCCUCCUCCCCAAGUGCGUCUCCGCUCUUCACCGGAUCUUUCGUAUCUGCGAUAGCAACGCGGACGGUUUUCUCACCGAUGACGAUCUCAGGGUGUUCCAGUCUCGGUGCUUUGACUCGCAGCUGGAGCCGGACGCGUUACAGAACAUCAAGGAUGUUAUACGUGGUGGAUCUUCGGGUGGACUGACGAAAGACGGAGUGUCCGUCGAUGGAUUCGUGUUCCUUCACAAAGUGUUUGUUCAGCGUGGACGACAGGAGACGACGUGGACUGUCCUUCGAGCAUUUGGGUAUGACGAUAGUCUCGAGCUACAACCCGAGUAUGUGUGUCCACGGUUCGAUGUAUCGUCAGAGUUUGUCGUCGAGAUGACGUUGAAGUCGUUCGAAUUUCUCACACAAUUGUUUAUCGUCUAUGACAAGGACGGUGACGGUGUGUUGUCAGGAGUCGAGGAGGAGACACUGUGUGGGGUGUCGUCGUGUGGUGUCGCAUGGAGGAACGAGAACGCCAUCGCUCUGCAGUAUGACACGCACAGAAACAUCACGCUGAACGGAUUUCUCAACUACUGGUCGCUCAAGGCGUGUACCGACCUCCGACUCUUCUUCACAUUUCUGGCUGAAAACGGGUACACGUUUGGGGCCGAUACUCACAGCGUGACGUCGGCUGUGAAGAUGAUCGAACCCGCACACGUGACGUCGAGACAGCUAUUUCACUGUGCAGUGUAUUGCCAGUCUAGCCGGACGGUAACCAAGUUUCUUCACCGAGUGGGAACCGGCAGGCACAAGUCGGAUGUUCUCAACAUGAUGAAGUACGCCGUAGUGACGAACGCCGGUAAAUCACUGAUUCUGUACACAUCGGAUGUCGCUCCGGAAUGGGUUGAUAUCAAUCUUGUCAUUAUGGAGUCAUGUGACGUCGACGCGUUGGAGUCGGUUCGUGCAGUCGUGAACGGAAUCGAUUCGUCGAGAGUGAUGGUUGCGUGGGUGUGUGACACGAACCCGGAUGUUGCCCAGAUCGACGCCGAAUUGGUUCGUCGGCUUGACCUCCCGGUGAUCAAACCGGUUGGUUUGUCGAGUGAGGGAUGUCUGCCUCUUGUUUCUGACUUGAUUGAGGCCGCGUGGAAUCCGCAGUUGGUGAAGUCGGACGCCGGUGGGAUUGUGUUGAAGAUGAUGCUCAGCUUUGCUGUCGGUCUCGUUGCGGUGUUUUUCACCCAGAAAUUCUUUAGACAGUCGUGAGGCCGUUGUGUUGUAUGUAUGUACAGUAUAGUAUCGACUUGUUUCAGGCAAUAAAUUUGAUGUUAUUAU